GGUUUCGGCAGGUCUGCGCAGAAGCCUAAUAAAGCUAACUGAUUUUAGCCAACACACCUCACAAAACCUCGGUUGUCAUUUAAUCACGAGCCAGAUCAAAGAAGAGGAGGAAGCCCAAACAUAUAUUUAAAGCUGAAGUCAACCGAGUUGGUGAAAUUUGAAGUCAUGAGCUCAAAUACUGUAUCUAAAGCUGAAUUGAUAGCAGCCAUCUCUUUGGCUGUGGGGACUGCAGCCGUGGGUGCACUAGUCUAUAAAACGUUUUUUUCUAAAGACAAGAACUGUAAGUCCUGGGUAAACUUGGACCUGCAGAAAGACAACCCAAAAGUGGUGCACGCUUUUGACAUCGAGGACCUGGGAGACAAAGCAGUGUACUGCAGAUGCUGGCGGUCCAAGAAGUUUCCUCUGUGUGACGGUGCCCACACGAAGCACAAUCAGGAGACGGGCGAUAACGUCGGCCCCCUCAUUAUAAAGAGGAAGGAAGCUUGAAGCCGUCUCUGCUGUUCCCCAAAAUGCUGCUUUACACGCACUAUUUCUUUUUUUUUCAUAGAAGUAUUUAUUUUAUUAAAAUGUCAUGCCAAUGAUCUAUUAACAGUGUUUUUACGCACAAUGAUUGGUGUAGGCUAUGGCUAUGCUACGUUAAUAUCAGGACUGCACACUGUGUUUUAUAGUGUGUCAUCGGAUUAUUACUUGUUAGGUCAGGGAAUGGACUGCUUUGCCAGCGGUGUUGUAUCAGUGUGUCUAAUGCUCAUAGGCAGAGGUUUCAUUUUGUAUAAUUACAAAAUAUUUUGGGCACAAAAAAUUUUUGUUGCAGAUUUUGGUCAUUGUUUCCCUUUGUUAAAUACAGAUGUUAUACCGAUAGAAAGCAAGCUGAACUAAAUCAUAUUCCUGUCUGUGUUUUGUUUUCUGUGACUGCUGUUACAUUGUGUAUGGAAAAUAAAGUGGUUAUAUAUUGGUGUUUUGAAUUUUCACAA